AUGUCGGUCGUCACGUUCAAUAAGGAUACGGUGAAACUCAAAGAUCCGCCGCCCAACAUCAGCGACAUCGACUUCUACGUCCCGGACGGCGAUGCCAUCACUCAGAAGUCCACCGCACUCCUUGAUGGGCGCUCUACAGAGUCCGAGAAUUUCAAGGUCACUAAAGGUGAAGACUUUCCCGAUUAUGUUGAGGUGACAAUCCGAGGCCCCACCAAGGAAAACGAACAACAUGUCAUUAAAGCGAGCGCCUCAGACGGGACCACUACCCCAAAUGGGGGCCCCCCAUUCACCGCCACGUGGACUAAGGUGUGA